CCGCGACGUGACUGGGAGUUUAUUUAGUAUCGAAACAUCAAGCGCUAAGCGUAUAGCAAUUUCAAAAAUAAAGUUGUUCGGGCGAGUGGUUUUCCUCGACGAAAAUGAUGGUUCGGCGACUUCAUGUGUGUUUGUGUCUGAUGUGGUUGGGAUAUAUGUGGUCCGAUGUGGUCAAGGCAGAGGACGUAGGAACCCGCUGUCGCAUGGAAAGCGGAGACCCCGGAGAGUGCAAACUGCUGAAAGAAUGCCCCCCUCGGAUAGAAGAGGUUCGCCAGGGCAGGAGGCAAGCUGAGUCCGCGAGAUGUGGGUGGGAUGGACUCGACGAGAUUGUCUGUUGUCCCACUAAACUUCAGGAAAAAAUUGGGAUUCGACCCGCUGAUUUAGCUUGUCAACAAUACACGAACGACGUUCUCCUCAUAACAACGCCCAACAUCGUGGCCGGCGUCGAGGCGACCUCCGCCGAAUUUCCGUACAUGGUAGCUCUGGGAUACAUUGACAAGAGCAAAUUACCAGAGAGAGUUAUCUUGUACGAAUGCGGUGGUACAAUCAUCGCCCCGAAUUACGUUCUCACAGCAGCGCACUGCAUCGACAAUGAGGACAACCGCGCCCCAGUUCUGGUGCGCGUUGGUGCUGAAUCGCUCGACCCCAAAGCUGAGGGUGUACAAUAUGUCAGAGUGGGCAGCGCUAUUCCACAUCCAAAGUAUAAACGCAGUCAAAUUUACAACGAUAUUGCGCUACUCAAGUUGACUGAUCCGUUCAAGUGGAGCAAAACCGUUAAACCCAUUUGCCUCCUCUCAAAACCAAUCAACGAAAUCCAGAUAAAUGUUAAUGUUUCGAUUUAUGUGGCUGGGUGGGGAGAUAUUGGUGCCAAUGGAGAGGUGACCAAUAGAUUGUUGAGAACUCCAAGUCUGAAUCUAGUACCACCAUCAAAGUGUUCCGAGUCCUACCGAAGAGUCCGACAAGUUCCUCGCGGUAUCGACGAAACUGUAAUCUGCGCAGUCGACGAGGACAAAACAAGAAGAGCAGAUUCCUGCAACGGUGACAGCGGAGGCCCCCUGCUGAUGAUAGAUACCCAGGGUGACACCGUCAUUGGUGUCACCUCAUUCGGCCAGAGCUGUGGUAGCGUGAUCCCAGCUGGGUACACGUCUGUCUUCAGUUUCCUCGACUGGAUAGAGCAACAAGUCUGGCCUGACACAGAAAGUCAAACUACUACCGACUGAAACCAAUCAAAUCCACUCCCUCUCGAUUCUCUCUAGUCCUAAGCGAAAGCUCGAUUGUGAAUAAAUGAAAACUGAAUGAAGAUUUAUUACACGUUUUGGUACAUAACCUAGCUUCGUAGCUAAAGCAUUCGUUUGAGCUAAGUAAUAUUUUUUAUACAAAAAUAUCAACGAUAUUCUUGUUCCAAACAGAAAACAUCCCGAGUCACGUGGUAAAUAUCCUUCAUACCACAUAGAUACAUUGUAUGCAAUUACACUAUAAGUACAACCUGUAUUAUGUACAAUUACCUCUGUCACUUAUCUCAAAUUAUUUCUUAUAUCACAUCAUUACUGGUUAAUUGUCGAAGGUAAGACAGCCCACAGCAGAUAGACAUAUUUUAGUACUGACACAAUACUUUCCCCACAAAAUUCUCCAUCCAUUUUCUUUUCUUUUUUUUUCAUAUUAUUUCUAGUUUAAUUUUCCGUAACAAUCACAGUCCAAAACAUCAAUGUGUCAAAAAAUUGAGAUUUAACUUAUCCCGAUAUGUUAUUUUGUCGAAGAAAUAUUGUGGCAAUAUUAAAGUACUUCCCAACAAUUAAA